CUCUUUCCUGCUUUCCUUUUCACCUCGGAACCUUCGUCCUCCAAAUUUUAAAUGAGUGCCCAUGUCCCUAUUCCUGACAUUCCCGGCGUCCGCGUCCCAUUUGAGGAAACAAAGUCAUUGCGGAGACGCGUUGGCGACAUCACGAACACAGGCAAAUUCACGUUCCCGGGGUCACAGCCGGUGAGCUUCACAAAGACACAGGCCAUGGCAGAGCUCAUGACAUCGGACUACCUAGUAUGCGAAAAGUCGGACGGCGUGCGGGUCUUGGUGCUGAUGCUGUUUGACAAAGACAUGCCACAGACGUUCUUUGCGACACGCAAGAACGAGUACUUUUAUGUUCGCAAUGUGGCCUUCCCAGCGCCAUACCAGAAGGCCCCAUAUGAGAAAUACCAUCAUAACACACUUAUUGACGCGGAGCUGGUGGUUGAUGUUGAGGCAGAUGGGCGGCGGGUCAUGAAGCUGCUCGGGUUUGACGCGCUGGUGAUCAACGGAAAGAAUAUCAUGAACCACCCGCUUGACAGACGCCUUGACUACCUAAACAGACAUGUUAUAGCCCCGUACCAGGAAAUGUGCCGUACCUGCCCGGCAUACUGCAGAGGGCAGCCGUUCAUGGCCGAGUUCAAACGAUUCGAAAACAGCUUUGCGGUGCAAACGAUACAGAGGGAGGUCAUACCAAAACUCAAGCACGAGUCGGAUGGAUUGGUAUUCACAUCGCGCGUAGCGCCAUACACGCCCGGGACGUGCGACAAAAUCAUGAAGUGGAAGCCGGCGGGCGAAAACUCGAUAGACUUCAGGGUGCGGGUAAUUGCGUCGUCAACGACAAGUCCGCCAGAGAUUGAGCUGCUCGCGUGGCAUGGGGGCAACGACUACCGUCCAUUCGCAAAGAUGGCGAUGCGGCCAGAAGAUUGGGAUCGGACAUUCAGCCGCAUCUCCUCUUUCAGUGGAUCGAUCGUUGAAGUCAGCUACACGCCCGACUACUGCCCGCCUCACGUGUGGAAGUUUAUGCGGUUCCGCAACGACAAGCCACACGGCAACCAUAUAUCUGUAGUCGACAAGAUCAUCGCCAGUAUCAACGACAGUAUGGAGCUCGAUGAGCUGCUGGCAGAAAUGCCGCGCAUUCGCACAGAAUGGAUGAAGCGAAACAACGCUCCACUGUAAAGCAACUUGGCAUAACCCAAUCCAAUUUUUAUCGGCGAUGUGUGGAUUAUGAGCAAUGAAGAGUGUCUAAUGUA